CCGCGAGCAGGAGCAGAGAGCGGGAGGAACUGGACAGGGAGUCAAAACACUGUCAGUCUAGACCACCUGCUGAGGCGCGCCGACCGAGCAUGUCUGCAGACCUGGAGCUGCGCUUCCUGCCCGACAGCCAGCUGACGGAGGUGAUGCGCCUGCGGGUCCAGUCCCUGCAGCAGCGGGGCCAGCGGCGGCAGGACGGCGAGCGGCUGCUGCGGCCCAACGAGGCCGUGUACCGGCUGGACUUCUCCCAGCAGGCCCUGCGCUUCUCGCACUGGACGGUGCGCCUGGCCCGGCCCGGGCGCCUCACCGUCACCGCCACCUCGCAGCUCUGGACCCCGGACCUCACCCACCUGAUGACGCGGCAGCUCCUGGAGCCCGCCGGCGUCUUCUGGAGGGCGCCCGGCGACGGCGGCGACGCGCCGGCGCAGUGCUACGAGGCCGACGCCCACGAGUUCGGCGAGCGGAUCGGCGAGCUGGCCAAGGUAAGGAAGGUGAUGUACUUUCUGUUUGCGUUUGCCGACGGCUGCAGCCCCGACACCAUCGACUGCUCCAUCACCUUCACAGCCGAUUGCUGAGACGUCAACAGCAACUCAUCCGUCUGCUCCAGAUGGUUCUCUUGCACUUAUGUACUCUUAGCUGGAUGUUUUAGAUCGCACAAGAAUUGCUUUGCGACAAAGUGUCUAAUUGUUUUUCAAGACGAAAGCCUUAAAUGCUACAUCUGCUUGAAGGGCAAGA